UCCCCCCUUCUGCUCACCGUGUGCGCGCCAUGGGUCCCCACCUCUUCGUGGCCGUGGUCACCAUCGUCGCCGCCGUCGCGCUGUUUGCGCCCUUCGCCGCGGGCUACCCAUGGCAGGUGUGCGGCACGACGAACGCCUUCGCGGCCAAGAGCACGUACCAGGCCAACCUCAACCGCCUCGCCGCCAUGCUGCCCGGUAACGCCUCAGCGUCGCCGAACCUCUACGCCACCGCUGUCGUCGGCGCCGUGCCGGAGCAGGUCUGGGCCAUGGCGCUCUGCCGCGGCGACGCCAACGCGACGGCCUGCGGCAGCUGCCUCGCGCAGGCGUUCCGCGACGUGCAGAACGACUGCCCCUACAACAAGGACGCCACCAUCUACUACGACCCCUGCACGCUCCACUACUCCGACGUGCACACCCUCGCCGGCGACGACGACACCGGCCCGAUCACCGACGCGUACGGCGUCACCAACAACGGCAACGUCACCUCCGACCAGCCCCGGUUCAACGCCCUCCUGGCGGCGCUCCUCAACGCCACCGCCGACUACGCCGCGUUCAACUCCACGCGGCGGUUCGCCACCGGGCAGGCCGACUUCUUCGACAAGAACUUCCCCAAGGUGUACAGCCUGGCGCAGUGCCCGCCGGACCAGCCGCCGGCGCUCUGCCGGAAGUGCCUCGCCGGGAUUAUAGCGGACGGCUUGCCGAGGUUCCUGAACUCUAUCGGAGGCAGGGUGCUUUGGGUGAACUGCACCUACCGGUUCGAGACCGCGCCCUUCUACAGUGGUCCGGCGAUGGUGCGGCUGCCAUCACCGGGCGCUGGAGCGCCGGCGCCGGGACCGGCCGUGGAGACGCCGCCAGCAGCCGGUGAAGGGAGGAGAAACUACAAUGUGCCGGGUAUUGUUCUUGCCGUUGUGCUGGCUGUGCUAGCAGCCUUGAACCUCGUCGCCUGCCUCUGUUUCUGGAGGCGGCGGCAGCGGCAGCGGCGGCCACCAACUGCGGAAGCGAAGAAGCCAUAUCAAGCAGAGGAUGUGGAAAUGGUGGACUCCAUGAUGAUGGACGUCUCGACCCUGCGAACGGCGACCGGAGAUUUCGACGAGAGCAACAAGCUCGGCGAAGGCGGGUUCGGCGCGGUGUACAAGGGUGUCCUCCCCGACGGCGACGAGAUAGCAGUGAAGCGGCUGUCGGACAGCUCGACGCAGGGAGAGGACGAGCUGAAGAACGAGCUCGCGCUGGUGGCCAAACUGAAGCACAAGAACCUCGUCAUGCUUGUCGGCGUCUGCCUUGAGCAGCAGGAGAGACUGCUCGUCUACGAGUAUGUCCCCAACCGGAGCCUCGACCUGAUCCUCUUCGACACUGAGAAUGAGAACCAUGAGAAGCUGGACUGGAGGCAGAGGUACAGGAUCAUAAAUGGCAUCGCUCGAGGCCUGCAGUACCUCCAUGAGGACUCGCAGCUCAAAGUUGUCCACCGUGAUCUCAAGGCUAGCAACAUCCUGUUAGACGCGAACAUGAACCCCAAGAUCUCGGACUUCGGCCUUGCAAGGAUCUUCGACCGGGACCAGACGCAGGCAAACACAAGCCAAAUCGUCGGAACCUAUGGGUACAUGGCGCCAGAGUACGUGAUGCGCGGGAACUACUCGGUGAAGUCGGACGCCUUCAGCUUCGGCGUCAUGGUGCUGGAGAUCGUCACGGGGAGGAACAACUCCAAACAGUCUGGAGAUCUCUUGAACACUGCUUGGGAGCAUUGGGAGGCCGGGACGGUGAUGGAGUUGGUAGACCCGUCCAUGAACGGCAGCUUCCCGGAGGGCGACGUGUUGAGAUGCUUCCAUAUUGGGUUGUUGUGCGUCCAGGGAGAUCCGGCGGCCCGGCCAGUGAUGUCUUCGGUGGUGAUGAUGCUCGGCACCGACACGAUCAGCCUCCAGGCCCCGUCCAAGCCGGGGUGGGUUCUUCGCCAGGGACAACAGCCAAAACACGGCGGCGCCGACGACGUCGGUGCAGGGUUAGGCACGGGAAUGCAGAACAGUUUGUAGUUGAUAUAGUACAGAGAUAAUCGUAUACAGAAGAAAACCGUGUGGUAUGCGUUUCUGUAUGGUUCAGUCAGAUGAGGCGAUGCACAAGAAGCAUCUGCUGGUGCGUUGCUGGCGUGGUGAAAUUUUUUUAAAAAAUAGAAAUACAUCCGGCCUCUGCAAUAAACGCACGCAGCUAAGUUCUUACA